AUGGUUAUGGAUUACAGGAAGAACCCAGCCCCACCCACUCCCAUCACCCUGUGUAACUCCCCUGUCGACACUGUUGAGUCUUUCCGCUUCCUGGGCACCAUCAUUACCCACGACCUCAAAGUACAAUCACUCCCACGAUCCCCACUUAGCAAUAAGUACAACCAUAGAAUACAAACCAUCACUGGUAAACUGGAUCCUGACAGCAGGAUUGUCGGUGUAUCUUUGUCACGCACCCUGGUUUCUGAAGUCUUUGUGUACUUUGCCAGGUCACCGUUGGACUGGUGUUUCUGUUGCCUGCCAAACUCAGUGUUGACAGGCACUGCCAUCAACAGGCAUCAUUUGGAUGGAUGGAUAUUUGACAAGCUGCCCUGCAUCGACCUAUCAAAAUGUACUGAAUUGAAAAAAUAUUGUCAUGGUACAGCGUACCAUUCCGUGUGUGUGUUGGUGGGGAGCGGCCUCCAAGGAACCUCCAAUCAGGAACUGACACACCUGCUGUUACCCACCUGCUCUCCAUCCACUAAUCAACACCUGGCAGCUCACCUCUACCGAUACCGGUCUCCAACCCUUCACCGGCUCCCCCAGCAUCCGAUUACCAUGGAUUCUCUGCCACUUCGCCUGCUCUCACCAGUCACUCGCCAGCCAACCGUCAUCGCCUAGUUCCCUGGUUCCCGGUGUUUCCCUCUAUACACCUGGUGU